AUGUCCGGUUAUCAACCUUAUAACGAAUUUUCAUCAGUCUCUGGAGGCGGUGGCGGUGGUGGGUUUGAAAACAGUCAGGGCAAUAGUAGCAGGCCUGCUACCGGCGGUGGCUCGCAAUCAACACUGAUGCCCGUAACGAUCAAACAGGUUUUGGAGUCGAAGCAAAUGGUACAAGAUGGACCUUUUGUCAUCCAGAAUCUGGAGCUCCACCAUGUGGUGUUCGUUGGGGUGGUCAGAAACGUUGUAGACAAGACGUCAAAUAUUACGCUGACCAUCGAAGACGGUACGGGCCAAAUCGAUGUUCGUCAGUGGACAGCAGACCCUACAGAUAUUGCCAACGCUAACGAGCAAGGAGAGAAACAAGAGGGCUCAUACAGCUCACAGAUAUCACAAAUGUACCAAGUGGGCAAAUACGUCAAGGUGUUUGGAGCGCUGCGUGAAUUUAGCGGCAAAAAAAAUGUCCAGUAUGCUGUUGUGAAGCCCAUUGAGAGUUUCAACGAUGUGAUAGCUCACCAUCUGUCUGCGAUGAAAUGCCAUGCCAUUGCCAAUGGUUCUAUGCAGAGCCCGGCAUACCCAAACACUGACGCUACGGAAUUGACCGGUACUAACCAGCAACCGGCUCAGGAUCAAAGCUUGUUUGUGCAGGAUAAUUCCGCAGGUGAUCCUAAACCCGCUUUACACAAGAUUUUGGAAUUCUGUGCUGCUCAAUGCGAGGGCAAAGACGCCAGUAAUUUUGCUGUUCAUACCAAACUCAUUGAACAAAGUCUGGGUAUUACUGAAGCAGACGUGAAGAUGUACUGCCAAACCUUAGUCGAUCAAGGCUUCAUCUACCCAACCUUUGAUGACAGCAGUUUUUUCGUUUUAUAA